AUGAGGGAAUUCAUGGUCAUCCUGCUGUGUGUGAUUGUGUUCCCAAAAGGCCAAUGGUGUGAUAGCAGUGGCUGUGUGACCUCGUUAAAACGGGACAUUCUCAGACUGUUGGUCAAGUGGGAAGAUGCCACUUGUUUCCAGAACGAUCAGGGCCUGCCCUCCCACCUGCUCCAGACCCUGCCUCGAAGCUGCAAGGAAAUCAAAACAGAGCUAGAAGGAGCUGCAGGCCAAAGCUGCAUCAGUUCACUGAAGCAAGACAUACUCAACCUGCUAGUGAAAUGGGAAGGGACUUCCUACCUUCCAGACCCAACACAGAAGAAUCUGUCCCGAAGCUGCAAAGAAAUCAAGGAGUCCCAAAAAGAGGCCACAGAUGGACUGUAUUUCCUGCAGACGGAAGAUGGCGAGGUCUACCAAAGCUUCUGUGAUAUGACCACCAGUGGAGGAGGUUGGACUCUGGUGGCCAGUGUCCAUGAGAACAACAUGCUUGGGAAAUGCACUGUGGGGGAUCGCUGGUCCAGUCAACAAGGGAACAACCCCAAGUACCCAGAAGGAGAUGGAAACUGGUCCAAUAACUCCACCUUUGGGUCAGCUGUGGCCUCAACCAGUGAUGACUACAAGAAUCCUGCCUAUUAUGACCUGGAAGCGCAAGAUCUGGCCAUAUGGCACGUUCCCAACAAAACCCCAAUGAAACAAUGGCGGGACACCUCUCUCUUGAGGUAUCGCACUGAAACUGGGUUCUUAGCUGCAGAAGGAGGCAACCUCCUCAGGCUGUACCAGAAAUACCCGGUAAAAUUUGGAAUCGGCAGCUGUCCAGGUAACCAUGGCCCAGCGGUGCCUGUCGUCUAUGAUAAAGGCAAUGCUACGAAGACAGCUGAGUAUUACUCUCCAAAUGGGCAGAGUGAAUUUGUAUCUGGCUUCAUUCAUUUUCGAGUGUUCAAUCGUGAGAAAGCAGUCAUGGCUCUCUGUGCUGGGGUGAAAGUCACUGGAUGCAACACAGAACAUCACUGCAUUGGUGGAGGAGGCUAUUUCGCAGAAGGGGAUCCUCGCCAGUGUGGGGAUUUCGCCUCCUUUGACUGGGAUGGCUACGGGACACACACUCAGUGGAGCGUUUCUAAAGCGCUAACUGAAUCAGCUGUACUGCUCUUUUACCGUUGAUG